UCUUCUACUGCUUAAAACCCACUGGAGACCAAUCUUGCAAGCUUCUUGUAAGGAGUGAUUGUCCGGAGUACCUGAGGGCGAUCUCCUUUCCUCCUUCUCCAGAGAAGCCGAAGAACCUGUCUACUUACCAGAUGACAGAAUGGUUGAAGAUAGUGGAGUCUCUAACUCAAGCAUUGAGUUUUGGCUGAACAAGACUCUUCAGUGGGAUCAGAUCACCACUUUAGAAUCUCAGCAAGAUGUCUGCCUUCACUUGCCUGAAUUACAGGAAUUUCUCCUGCAGAUUUAUGGAGCUUUGAAACAUAUGAACUCGACAACUGCAGUUCAAAAAUUUCCAUUAAUUGGUCAGUUAUUGGGAAGACUCUGUUGGAAUCCUUUUGUCAUUGGAUAUGAUGAAUGCCAGAAGAUUCUGAUGUGCUGCUUAUGUUGUCUGUACAGUGGUGAACCACAGAACCCUCUGGAAUUGAAGGCCAACAGCUGGAUACAAAACUCAUUGUGCCAUCUGCUAUCGUUUUGUGGACUGGGAAAUCAUGGUACUGAUAUUAAUAAGUUUAUUUCAACUCUUGGCUUCACCUCAGUAGAUUACUACUCUAAAGUCAUUGAAAAUAUAGUCUCAUCGUUAGUGACGGAACUCAGCAGAACCCAAGUUAAUGGAUUUAAUGGUAAACAAACCAUGUCUUGUCGAGUAACAUCCAUGUCUCUUCUCUGUGUACCUCUUAUAACUCUGCCUGAUAUAAAACCACUUAUUGAAGCUCUCCUUAACUAUCGUGAUCAUGGACCACAAGAAGUGCUUCACUCUCAGUUUUUAGAAGUAGUGAAUGAGGCUAUACUACGGAAAAAUAUCUCCUUAUCUGAAACUGCUGUUCUGCAACUAUGGCUUCGUCACCUUCCUAGUCUAGAGAAGGCAAUACUACGAAAUAUUGAACAAUUAAUAUCAAGUCAAUCAAGGUCAAUGGAAGAGAUGGCAUGUGUGAUAAAAGAUUCUUUAUUGCAUCAAGCUGCAUGUCAUCCAGCUGUGUUCAGAACUAUUGAUGAAAUUUUCAAGAAUGCCCUGCUGGAAACUGCUGGAGCUCAAGAAAUAAUGAUUGUAAUGCAGGUGUUUACACAGUGCUUUGUUCAAGCUUACCAUGAGAAUAAUAAGCAGCAUAAAUUUCCACUGAAGGCCUAUUUUCCUCAUAAUCCACACUCACUUGUGAUGGCUUUCCUUAAAGCUCCUUCAGAUUUGCCUGGUAAUAGUCUAUAUCAGCAUUUAGACCACCUUGCUGGAAUGCUCAAAACAACAGUAGAAGUCAAGGGCUCUGAGUCUUUGGAUGAAGCCUUCAACAACUGGCUUUUGUUGAUUCACUUUGGAGAAUGGGCUGAUCUUGCAGCAAAGCAGUUGCUGUUGUCACAAGCAGAUUCCUCUAACUUGUUGUGGCUUUUGGUAUUUUACUAUACUCCAAACAACGUGAAUCAGCAGAGAACUCAAAUAAUGGUAGAAGCUAGAUCUGUAUGUGACUAUCUGACAAGCCUCUCAAGGAUGCCAACCAUUUCUGUUGCAGACCUACAAACUUUAUUAAGCAGCAAAACCAGUGUAAAUCAUUCUGCAGCUAAACAUGUUGUUAUGCAUCUGAUUAUCAGCUUUGUGCUAUUUACUCCUAACGGACACACCGUAGCCAGGGAAUUGAUUACAUACAUUCUAGCUAGAGGUGGUGAAAUCCCAGAAGUAACUGGACUUCUUAUCCGUAUUUCAAAUACAGCCAGCCAACUUGGAGUGAAAUAUCAAUGCUCUGUAAAGCUAGGAAAUGAUCUGCUCCAGGAAUUCCGAUGUGGUGCUUAGUAUUUAUUCAGAAUUAUGGAAUAGAAAGAGAGAAAGUAGCUGUUUUCCAAUGGGCAUUUUCUGAAAGAGAUUGGAAGAUAAAACUGUUACUUACAAACUGUAUAAUAAUGACGUUCAUGGUUUUUCUGCAUUUGCAGAAGUAUCUUGUUCAAAGUUACUCAAAAGUGCAUUGUAAAGCUGUUCUUUUUUCUUAAUGUUUAAAAUAGUGGCAUGUUUUAUUGAUGUCAUCAUUUACAAUCCGAUCAAACAUCUUAUUUCUGCUAUACCACUUUGUGGCAUCUAAGCCCCAUUACAAGCACAUGAUUAUUGGUGGUUUGUUGUUGUUUUUUUGAACUAAAUGUUUCCAUUAGAUCAGUGA